CUAGAGAGCAACAGACGUAUACGUAAUAAAGCGUACAUAAUAAAACUUAUUACAUGGUGUCAGAAGUGUAAGAACUCUCGGAACCUAAAAGCAAACGGGAAAGUAUCGUCCAAUAUCCGGUAAAUAGUGGAUUUAUUGUCGUUUGGCAGCAGAACAAAUGCAUAUUAAAGUCGCAUAUUGCGUGUAUCAAGAGAAGAAAAGAAGCAGCAAGAUGGCGGCAAAUUCAGCAGACCGCUUACCAAGAGCGCUGGAUUGCUCAGAUUUGGCAAAAGAAUGGCCAAAAUGGAAGCAGCAGUUUCACAUCUAUAUGAUUGCGAAUAACAAAAUCAACGAGGACGAGCGGAACAAGAUCGCGAUCUUUUUAUGGCUAGUUGGUGAUCACGGAGUUGAAAUAUACAACACAUUAUUUCCCAGCAACGGAGACAUGAAGGCAAUGUUCGGUGAAAUUGUCGAAAACAAUGCAAAAAAAGAUGAUAAGGGAGAUGCUGCUAAAAAAGAAGAAAUAGGCAGAACAUUGGAUGACGUCAUUACUGCUUUUGAUUCUUACUGUCUUCCAAGAAAAAAUUUGGCCAUUGAACCGUUCAAAUUCAACCUCAUAGAGCAGAAAGAAAAUCAACCCUUUGCAGAGUUUGAAACGGCACUACGAAAACAAAUGGCAUUUUGCGAAUUUGAGUGUGCAAAUUGUCACGCAUCCUAUGCUGACCGAAUGCUUCGUGAUCGUAUUAUAGUCGGCAUCCAGAAUAAAACGUUGCAGCUAAAAUUGUUGGAUGCAAAAGACUAGCCGCUUAAAAACGUCGUAGAAAUGUGUAAAACGUAUGAGGCUGCAUCAAAACACAAGCAGCUAAUUCAGACCAACGAUGUACAUCACCUCAAUAGUGUAGAAAAAGAUGCUGGAAAUUGGAAAAUGGACACAAUUCAGCGUAGUGAACUUCAUAAGGCAAGCUGCUAUAAUUGUGGACAACCUUUUAACGGGAGUCAUCGUCGUUAUUGUCCUGCGAAGAAUGUGACCUGUAACGAUUGCGGAAAGCGGGGACAUUUCAUGAAAUUCUGCAAAGCUCCGAAAAUCAACAGCAACAGUGACAUCUCACGGGAACCGGUACGAACAACGCAUGAAGUGAAGCAAAGGAACGACAAAGAUGUACACAUGAUCGCGUGGGCUGAUUCAGAGUAAACUGUAACGUAGCAACAGUGGGUUCCAAUUACAAAUGGACUAAACGAUACCUAAUUCAGGACUGGCCAGUGGAAUUUAAGCUUGAUACCGGUGCAGAUGUCAAUUGCAUUCCUGUUAGCGUGGUUACCCGUAUGAACUUACCGUUGUCGAAAGAGCGUACAUUUAAUGUUGUGGAUUAUAACAAUAAUCGUAUACAAAUACACGGUCAGAUUCGUCUUACUUGUGUUGACAAACCAAAAACGCAUUAUCAGCUAAUUUCCUUGUUGUAGAUGACAAUCUUCAACCAAUAUUGGGAUU